CUGUGCUUUGACCAUAACCUUUGGUUUUGGAGCGAUUAGUUUUGGUGGCUGGGCUUGUAUUUUUUGUUUCUCUCUCUUUCCCUUUGCUUUGGAGGCCAUUUUGUUUUGCAGAGGCAUCGGUGGUUGCGGCUGCCUGGCAGCGGAAUGUGGGAAAGCUCGAGCUCUCCGGUGGUGGGUUUUGUGGAUCUCACUUAGAUCUGCGGGAGCUCCACCGAGAGAUUGCCGAGCUAUGGCGGAGUUUGGCGGACAAAGCUCGAGCUCGGGGUGAAGGCUGGUUGAGGAGAUGAGCCAUGGAAAGUCCUCAAAAGUGUAGCUCCUUCAAGAACUUGGUCGGGACCAUCGAAUCACUGCUGGGAUCCAAGAGCGAUCUUACAGUCACUUGGGCUCAGUCCGUCAAGCUUAUCAUCGAGGAUUUGUCCAACAGCUGCCCUUCCACUCCUUGCACACCAUCUUUUCCAGAAGGGGCCAUCUACAACAACACCGAAAAAUCAAGCCUCCAAGGAGAGCUCAUACUUCUAAAGGCUGCCUAUGCCUUGUCGAAUGUUAACAGGAAGCUCGCUUUAAACAAGCUCCUCGAUCUCAAAGGGAACAUACGAGUUUUUUGUAGAGUUCGGCCUCUCCUGUCCUCCGAGCAACAGGGAAGAGUCGGCAUUGUCGCCACGGAUGUUCCAAAUCAAGUCCAAGUAUCCUCCUCUGGUGGCAAAGCCAGGAACUAUCUAUUUGAUAAGGUUUUCCACGCGGCAUCCUUACAAGAUGAUGUUUUCUCAGAAGUGGAGCCAAUUAUCAGGUCCGCCAUGGAUGGAAGUAACGUUUGUAUCUUUGCCUAUGGACAAACCGGCACUGGAAAGACGUUCACAAUGGAAGGUAGUCAGGAUUGUCCAGGAAUAGUUCCUCGCACUUUGCAGCAGCUCUUCUUCGACGCUUCGCUCGACACAACUGUCGAGUACUCAUUCAAGCUGAGCAUGCUCGAAGUGUACCGUGGGUGUUUGCGCGACUUAUUGGCUCCUCGGCAACAGCAGCAGUCGAGCAGCAAGAGCCUUUGCAUCCAGAUGGCUGGAUCUGGUAGCACAGAGAUAGAAAACUUGACAGAGAUUCCGAUUAAAAGCGCGAGCCAGGCAAGAUAUCUAUAUCGCAAGGGGGUCCGUUCGAGGUCUACGUGUUGGACGACUGCAAACGAGACAUCGAGUAGAUCACACUGCUUGGUUCGAAUCAACAUCACUUGCAACUAUGGAAAGCAGAGCCACGCAAGCAAACUUUGGCUGGUGGAUUUGGGAGGGAGUGAGAGGUUCUUUAAGACGCAAGCGCAGGGACAAACUCUGGAAGAAGGCAAAGCCAUCAAUGCAUCCUUGUCCGCAUUGGGGGAUGUUAUCAGUGCUCUACAACGAAAGCAACCACACAUACCUUACAGGAAUAGCAAGCUGACACAGAUUCUUCGCGAUUGUUUAGGGAAGGAUUCGAAAGCUUUGAUGCUUGUUCACGUUAGUCCAAAGGAGGAAGACCUUGGAGAGACGACGUGCUCGCUGGGAUUUGCUUCCAGGGCCAGGGCGAUUCAUCUUGGAAGAGAUAUAUCUCCUAGCGCAAGGGACGAGAGAACAGCUAGCAUGGCCAACGUUUUGGCGAAGAUGAAGCUCUACGAAACCGAGUGCCAGAAGCUCAACGAGAACAUCCAAAUGGUGGAGUCUCUCAUCCGCCGCGGCAUGGAAAACCAAGACUUGGACGAGCUGCAAGCCAAGUUACUCUCGGCGAGCGCAAAGAAGGAGCUCACCACCACCACCGCCGGACGUUCUUCAUCCUCUUCAUCGUCGUCCUCCUCCAUUCCCAGAUUCAUGACACCCACAGUGAGCAGCCAGCGCAAGAAACGCAGCAGCACGAUCCACCUCGAGAGCGUGGUCUCGGUGAUGAUGGAGACGACCACCGAGAAGAGAGUGGUGAGAUCCGGGACGCCGGAGUCUCGCCAGGUGCGAAGAACUCUCAACUUCCAAGUCCAUCGCCAAGAGGUUGUCCGCCAUCACCAAGUUGACGAUCCUCCGCCACCUCGAGUUCACGAAGUUGGAGCUCAAGAGGACGAGCUGCUGGUUGAUCGCAAAGCUACCACUGCUGCUACUGUGAGAAAUGGUUUGACGACGGAGAAUUCAGCUCCAUCGCCAUCGCCUCCACUCCCUGUGGCUGUGGCGGCAAAGUCCGAGAGAAGAUUGAUGAGGACGAGCGCCACCACUACUCAAGCUGGCAAGGAGCGGGGUGGAAGAUGUGGGUGGGAGUACUUAGGCAAGAAGAGCUCCAAGUAUCGGAGGAGAUGGACGCUCGAGUGCUCAAGCAGGAUUUCUAUCACCGAGAGAUUGUGACGAGAGAUCCUACCUUUUGUAAACUAACUUGCUACCCUGAGGGUGAUGAUCUCCAAAACAUAGAAGAUUUGUUCCCAA